GUUCGCGGUCAAACAUGAAGAUGAUCGCCUUUACCAUUACUCUUCUAAUAAUUUCAGAUUAUCUGGGGCCUUGCUGCGCCGCACGUGCCACUGUCUGUUCACGUGCUUUCAUGGUCAUCCGUAAAAGCUUCGGCUGCCCCUUCGGGUCCAACGAAUGCUCAAAGUACUGCAAAGAGAAGAAGGCCCAGAAAGGUGGAUACUGCACUGGAAGAUUCAAAGAAAACUGCGUCUGCUUCAGAAAUUAAAUUUCACAUUAAGCGUCCUUGAGGGCGCUUGAAGGCGUGGCGUGUGCCAUUGCGUUGAGACAGUGACAAAAAUACAGCCGGCCUAC